UCGAUCAACAGUCGUCUCAUCGUAUUUCGUGUUUCGUGCUCCUUAUUGAUCUUACGUGUUUUUAACAUACCUUGAAACAAAAUAAGAAAAUUUAUAUCGUUACCGUAUAACGAAAGUUUUAUAAAAUAAAUUGCUAGAAAAAUCAACCAAUUACAAAAUGUUUCAAUUCGGAUUUAACAUGUUUCCGGAGAUCCCACGGCCUUUCAACACUCAAUACAAAUGCUUUUCGGUGUCGAUGUUACCCGGGACUUAUCGCCAGGAUGUUGAACGCGGUGGCAAGAUAAUUAUGCCACCGUCCGCUCUGGAACAACUCACUCGACUCAAUAUUAUUUAUCCAAUGUUAUUUAAAUUGACCAAUAAAAAAACAAAUAGAAUUACUCAUUGCGGUGUGCUGGAAUUUAUUGCUGAUGAAGGCAAAGUCUAUUUACCUUAUUGGAUGAUGCAUAAUCUUUUGUUGGAAGAAGGCGAACUGCUAAAUGUGGAAAGCGUUUCAUUACCAAUUGCGACAUUUUCGCGCUUUCAGCCACAAUCGGAAGACUUUCUAGACAUUACAAAUCCAAAGGCUGUGCUGGAGAAUGGUCUACGUAGCUUUGCCUGUCUGACUACAGGCGACUUAAUCGCUAUUAAAUAUAAUCAAAAGAUUUACGAGAUGUGUGUUCUAGAGACCAGACCUGGUUCAGCAGUCAGUAUCAUUGAAUGUGAUAUGAAUGUAGAGUUUGCACCACCAGUUGGUUAUAAAGAACCAAAGAGAGAAAUAAAGAAAGAGGAAAACGAAAUGGAAGAUCUGGCCGAUUUGAUGCCAGCACCGACCGGUUUUGUGCCUUUCAAGGGUGAGGGCGUUCGGUUGGACGGCAAGAAGCGCAAAGACACACCCAGACAGGAAACUUUGGCUGCUAAACCGGUUUAUAUUCGAGGAAUACCUGAUUACGAUUAUCAGAUAGGUACUCUUAGGUUUUUGCGCAAUAUGAAGCCAACGAAUAAUAAAGAGAUAAAAGAUUCAGACGAAUUUAAGGCAUUCAGUGGCGAAGGAUUCACCCUCCUAAGGAAAUCUAGAAAAUAAGCACGAACGCGCACACUCACGCACAUACAAAUACACGAGCGUUUAUUUUUGUUUGUUUAUAGAUGAAUAAUUAAGAAUGUAUGUCUUAGAUUGAACGAAUAUUUCUUGUAAGAAUGUUUUAUUCUGGAAUGAUGUUUUUUUGUUACAAACAUGUGAUUAAAUUGCUUCAGUUAUAUUGAGAA